UUUGGAUGAUUUCCAUCUCAAAAAUCCUUAGGUACAUCAAAAUCUGAUUACAAAGUAUUAAUAAAACACUAGUUAAAAGAUGGCAAUUCAACUCCUUUGUAUCACUUUGUUCAUUUCUUUCCUCCUUCAUGCCAUCCCUACAUCUUCCCAAGAAACCGCGGAUGAGCAUGAUUUUGAUUACAGAAAUAGUGAGAAGGGACCAGGUAGAUGGGGAUUGCUUCGUAAGGAAUGGAGUGCAUGUAGCAAUGGAUCCAUGCAGUCCCCUGUUGAUCUCCUUAAUGAAAGAGUUGAAGUUGUUUCUCAUUUAGGAACACUUAAAAGAAGCUAUCAUCCUUCAAAUGCUACUCUUAAGAAUAGAGGUCAUGACAUGAUGUUGAAUUGGGAAAGUGGAGCAGGAAGUCUUCAAAUUAAUGGCACUGAUUAUAUUCUCAAACAAUGUCAUUGGCACUCCCCUUCUGAGCACGCCGUAAAUGGCAAACGGUAUGAUUUAGAGAUCCAUAAGGUCCACGAAAGCAAAGACGGAAAGGUUGCCGUAGUCGGAAUUAUGUACAAAAUUGGCAGACCAGACUCUUUCUUGGCAUCAUUGGAAGACCGAUUAAGAUUGGUUGCUGGCAGUAAAAAAAAUGAGACUAUAGCUGGCAUAUAUAAUCCAAUGGACAUAAAAAUAGGAAGCAGAAUGUAUUACAGUUAUAUCGGAUCUUUAACAAUUCCUCCUUGCACGGAAAAUGUUCUAUGGAUUAUUUUUAGAAAGAUAAGAACUGUUGGUAGUGAACAAGUGAAACUACUCCGUGUAGCAGUCCAUGACGAAUCAAAUUCGAAUGCAAGACCAAUACAAGUUAUGAAUGGAAGAUCAGUACAGCUAUAUAAUAACCAGAAAAGAAUACUACCACAUAAAUUGCUUGUGGAAUUGUCGCUAAAUUUGCUAAUAAUGUUAUGUUUAUUAUGAAAAAUUCUUACCUACAUCUUGUCCAUGAAAAUUUUAUAAAUU